GAGUAGGAGGCAAAAAGGAAGACUUGGCAUAUCAUGAGGAAAAGUAUCUUCCCAGCAAUUGCUUUAGUUAGGUGAACAGUCAGUGGGUGAAAGGCCCUGGAAUCCAGCAGUGUUCCAGCAGUCAGUAAGUAGUUAAGAAUAACCAGCAGAUGAUUUCAGAUUAUAUAUUCCAACCACAGUUUUCCUCCUCGACACACACAGUAUGUGUUAAAAUUGGCAAACACGUAUUCUAAAGCUCACUGAUACCUGUCUAAAUUAUUUAUUGCUCCAUUCAACAUAUUCGAGAGGACAUUAUAUCUGAAAAUAGAGGCAGGAAUGGUAAUGUCUAAAAAAUCCAUUGAAGACAAUGAAGUAUAUUUGCCUAAUGAUGAAAUUUGGACCUAUGAUAUUGAUAGUGGGUUAUGGAGAAUGCACCUGAUGGAAGGGGAGCUCCCUACCUCCAUGUCAGGGAGCUGCGGCGCCUGCGUUAACGGGAAGCUGUACAUUUUUGGAGGAUAUGAUGACAAAGGAUACAGCAAUCGACUUUAUUUUGUUAAUUUGCGAACAAGAGAUGGAACCUACAUUUGGGAAAAAAUCACCAACUUUGAAGGACCACCACCCACACCACGUGACAAACUUUCCUGCUGGGUCUAUAAAGACAGAUUAAUAUAUUUUGGUGGUUAUGGGUAUAGGAGACAUAAUGAACUCCAAGACUGUUUUGAUGUUCAUGAUGCGUCUUGGGAAGAACAGAUAUUCUGGGGAUGGCAUAAUGAUGUCCAUAUAUUUGACACAAAGACACAUAGUUGGUGUCAACCAGAAAUUAAAGCUGGAGCUCCACCACAGCCACGGGCCGCACACACAUGUGCAGUUCUUGGAAAUAAAGGUUAUGUCUUUGGCGGACGUGUCUUGCAAACUAGGAUGAAUGAUUUGCACUAUCUAAACUUAGAUACCUGGACUUGGUCUGGAAGGAUUCCUAUUAAUGGAGAAAGUCCGAAGCACCGGUCAUGGCAUACUUUAACCCCAAUUGCUGAUGAUAAGCUUUUCCUAUUUGGUGGACUAAGUGCAGAUAAUAUUCCCUUAAGUGAUGGUUGGAUUCACAAUGUCGUAACAAAUUGUUGGAAGCAACUUACACAUUUACCAAAAACAAGACCUAGGUUAUGGCACACAGCCUGUUUGGGAAAAGAAAAUGAAAUAAUGGUAUUUGGUGGGAGCAAAGAUGAUUUACUUUCCUUGGAUACAGGUCACUGUAAUGAUUUACUGAUCUUUCAGACACAGCCUUAUUCACUACUCAGGUCAUGUCUUGAUUGCAUUGGUAAAAAUGCUAUCAUUUUAGAAAGUCAGAUAUCUUUAUUACCUCCAAAGCUUCUGCAACAAGUACUCAAAAAAAUAACAUUUUGGACUGCAACUAAUCACCGAGAAGAACAAAGAAUCCAAAAAGAAGAAACAGACAAUAAAUAUCAGUGGAUCAGUAGCAAUUAAACUGUUAUAUACUCUAUGUAUUUAAUAUGUUUUAACAUUUUAAUUGGACUAUACAUAUUACACUCCCAAAUUUCAGACAUUAUUUAAAGGAUAAAAUUUGAAACAAAAAUGGUCUGUUUAAGUGAUUCUAUGCCAUGGGAUAUAUGGAAAAAAGAUGUGAAUGCAGAUUAAGUUAUAUUUGUAAACAAAUUUCCUCUUAAGCUGCAGAGCAAAUAUUCUUUCUGAAAGUAAGUACAAUUAUAACAGAUUUUAACUCAGUGUGUACUCUUUACUGGAAAGAUUACACAAAUUUGAGAAUAACAAAUUACCCCCAAGGACGCCAGAAAAUUCCCAACAAAAUACUAAAUAUUAACUUUCAAAAAGAAUAAAUUUUCUCACAUCAUUUUGAAACUACCUAAGCUUCUCCUUAAAUAACUUGGUUAUUAAAUAACUUCUUCGUAAAUAACUAAUAUAGCUCACCAAAUAUUACAAAAUAGGCAAACACAUGGUAUUAAAUACUAAACUCCUUCCCUAUUAGCACUUAGUAUUCUUAGGCAUGAUUGCAACUUUUCCUCAGUUUUAUGUGAGCAGGGCAACGAAUGACUUCAGUUGUCUUCUGUUACUUCUAAAUUGUUAGUUUGUCCAUUAUAUAUAUAAAGAACAUGUUUUCAAAUAUAUGAAGUGAAAGUUUAUUUAUCAUAAAGGCUUUAAAUAUUGAGAAACAGUAUAUUUAUUAACUCUCGAGACAUGUUGAAAUAUGCUUUGUGGCUUGGCAUCUGCAAGCAGCUAAGGCGCCAGCCACAUACACCGAGGCUGUUGGAACCCAGCCCAGCCCACCAAAUGACAAUGACAACUACAACCAAAUAAUAGCCAGGUGUUGUGGUGGGCACCUGUAAUCUCAGCUACUUGGGAGGCUGAGGCAAGAGGAUCGCUUAAGCCCAAGAGUUUGCAGUUGCUGUGAGCUGUGACGCCACAGCACUCUAUCCAGGGCGACAGCUUGAGACUGUCUCAAAAAAGAAAAGAAAAAAGAAAUAUGUUUUGCCUUGGAAGAGUGCUUCUCAGUAAUUUUUGUAAGUAAUGAAAUGUGGUUAUCUAGUAAUUUGACUUUAUAGAAAUUCUUCGUUUUGGCCCACACCGUUCUACAAAGUUGAUGCUCAAGACACGAAGAUGUUGAAAAUCUACUGUCUUCUCUUUUUUUUAGCAUUACUAUCUACACAGAACUGGAACACUGUAUCUAUAUAUAACUUGGUACUUUUGCCAUAAUCAAGACAUUUUUCUUAUCACAAUCAUGCCCUUCCACUGAAUUCUUAAUUACAAUUAAUGACUAAAAAGCUUGAUAUAUUAUUCUCCAUAAUAUCACCGUAAAAAGGCUGGAUGUGGUGGCACGCCUAUAAUCCAAGCACUCUGGAAGGCCAAGGCGGGUGGAUUGCCUGAGCUCAUGGGUUCAAGACCAGCCUGAGCAAGUGUCAUUUCUAAAAAAUAGCCAGAUGUUACAGUGGGGCCCUGUAGUCAGUCCCAGCUACUUGGGAGGCUGAGACAAGAGAAUCACUUGAGCCCAGGAGUUUGAGGUUACAGUGUGCUAUGAGGUCACGGCACUCUACUGAGGGCAACAAAGCGAGACAUUGUCUCAAAAAAAAAAAAAAACACCAUAAAAGUUAUCUCUGAAAUUUAAAAUGUUAUAAAAAGUAUAUUUCUACAUUGAAUAUACAUAAUUUGGGAUGGGCACGGUUGCUCUUUGGGAAACUGAGGGUGGAUCACUUGAGCUCAGGAAUUCAAGACCAGCCUGAGCAAGAGCGAGAUCAUCCUUAUUAAAAAUAGAAAAACUAGACAGGCGUUAUGGCCUUUGCCUAUAGUCCCACCUACUUGGAAGUCUGAGGCAGGAGGAUCAUUUGAGCCAAGAGUGUGAGGUUGCUGUGAGCGGAUGCCAUGGCACUCAAUCCCAGGGUGACUGAAUGAGACUCUGUCUCAAAAAAAAAAGAAAGAAAGAAAGAAAAAUAUAUGUAAAUAAUUUGUAAUUAAAGUCAUAGUAGUUCAUAGUAUUUCAUUAAAUUUUGGAGAUAUAUUUCAUAUAUGCGUACUGUAUUUUGGAUGUGUAAAGCUUCUAUUUAUGUAUUGAAAUAUUUUUUGUAUUUAUUGUAUAAGGUAUACAGAAUUACUGUUUUCAUUAUUGUCAGUGUGAACCAGCCAUUAGAGUUGAUUGUGCAAAAAAUAUUUCAGUGUAAGUUUUCAUUUUUUCUUAUCUUUAGGUUGCAUAACAGAUUUAGAAAAUGGAUAUCCCAAGUAAUAUACAUCUUAGAAGUAAUCGUUUUAUUUGUAUGAACUUCAGUAUGAACCUUUUACAUUUAACGCAAAAAUAUACCAAAACCUACUGAGUGGAAUGAACAUCUUUCAAAGAGGCUUCUUCAGGCUAGUGGCUCACGCCUGUAAUCCCAGCACUCUGGGAGGCCAAGUGCUGCAUAACAUCCCACUGUCUGGAUAUGCUGCAGUUUAUCCAUUCCUGCUGAAGGAUGUCUCAGUUGCUUCCAAGUCUUGGCAAUUAUGAAUAAAGCUGCUAUGAAGACCCAUGUGCAGGUUUUAUAUGGACAUAGUUUUCAGUUCAUUUGGAUAAAUACCAAGAAGCAAAAUUGUGGGAUCAUAUGGUAAGAGUAUGUUUAGUUUGGUAAGAAACCAUCAGCUUCUCUUCCAAAGUGGCUAUAAUCUGCUUCCCCACCAGCAGUGAAGAGUUCCUGUUGCUUCACAGCCUUGCUGGAAUGUGGUGUCAUCGGUGCUGAUGAUUUUGACCAUUCUACUAUCUGUAUAGUGAAAUCUUAUGGUUUUAAAUUUGUGAUGCCCUAGUGACAUAUGUCACACGCUGAUUUGCCACCUGCAUAUUGUCUUUGGUGAGGUGUCUGUUCAAGUCCUUACCCUAUUUUUCAGUCAGGUUGUUCAUUUUUUUAUUGAAAUGCUUUGUAUAUUUGUAGAUAACAGUCCUUUAUAAGAUGCGACUUUUGCAAAUAUUUUCUAUCAGUCUGUGGCUCAUCUUCUCAUUCCUUUGACAUUGUCUUUCAAGAGCAAAAGUAAAAAUAAAAUCAUAAGAAACU